AUGGCCAUGUUGAAGCGGAGACGCGAGAAUGAGACCGGCGCGCAGGCGGACGCGGCCGAGGAGGCCAAGAAGCAGAAGCUGACCACGGCGGGCGGCAGCAAGUACAUCAACAAGCAGCGCGUGCUGGUCUUCUCGUCGCGCGGCAUCACGACGCGCUACCGCCACUUGAUGGACGACUUUCGCAAGCUGCUGCCGCACCACAAGCGCGAGGUGAAGCUGGACGCCAAGGACACGCUGCACGUGGUCAACGAGAUCGCCGAGAUCAAGGGCUGCAACACCACCAUCUUCCUGGAGGCCCGCAAGCGCCAGGACCUGUACAUGUGGGUCAGCCGCGUCGGCACGGGCCCCAGCGCCAAGUUCCUCGUGCAGAACGUACACACCAUGGACGAGCUGAAGAUGACGGGCAAUGCGCUGGCCGGCUCGCGUCCGCUGCUGACCUUUGACAAGGCGUUUGACGAGGCGCCGCACCUCCAGGUGAUCAAGAAGCUCUUCACGCAGGUGUGGGGCACGCCCAAGGCGCACCCGAAGAGCAAGCCGUUCAUCGACCGCGUCAUGAGCUUCUACUACGCGGACGGCAAGGUCUGGUGCCGCAACUACCAGCUGGCGGACGACGCCGACACCAAGAAGGCGGAGAUGGCGGCGCUGCACCGCGGUGAGGACCUCGUGCAGCUCAUCGAGAUCGGCCCGCGCUUCGUCAUCACGCCCAUCCGCAUCUUCGACGGCAGCUUCGGCGGCCAGACGCUGUACCAGAACGAGCACUACGUGUCUCCGAACGAGAACCGCCGCGACGCCAAGGCCGACAAGCGCGACCGCUACGUGUCGCGCAAGACGGCGCAGGUCGAGCGCAAGGAGCGCGGCCCCGAGCGUGAGAUGCCCGAGGACCAGUUCGCCGACGUCUUCGCCGGCGCCAAGCAUAUGAAGGCGUUCAAUGCCUGGCGCGGAGGGGGCGACAGCGGCGGCAAGGUGCCCAACGACGCGGUGGCGGAGCUGCAACAGGUGAUCCUGAAGAAGGACCUGAUGAUCCUGAGCCUCACGACGCAGCUGGACGCGUACAAGGCGCGCUUCGGCGCUCUGCCCGCCGAGGUGCUGGACGCACUGCAGCAAUCCGACGCUGCUAUUAGCGAGUCCCCAGAGAAGCGCAGCCGCGAAUUAAGCGGCGACAGAAAGGAAUUAGCGGCGGAGAGUGUCGCGGCCGUGGCGGCGGCCAAUGGGGCGGAGGAGAGCAAGGAGCAGAGCAAGAAGUCGCCCCCUCCGCGUGUCGUCGCCACGUCGCCGCGAUUCCGAGCGGCGUCCGACGUGGACGAGGGCAGGGAGAAGCUGCAGAGCCGCUACAGUAAGAACGUGGUGCUGGACUUCGUGGAGGACUCGCCCAUGUUCCGACGACAGCUCGAGGGCUUCGAGGAGUCCAUCACGGGGCUGAAAGCUCUGCUGAAGGAGCUCGUGGCGCACUCGAAAGAGUACGCGGCUGCGGGGAAACACUUCGGGGAGGAGGAGACGGCGCUGGCCCAUGAGUUGAUUCAACGUAAACACGCGCGCGCGAUCUUUUCCACGAGUUGCCCCGAAUUGGGCAGCUUGUCAGAACUCUUCGGGGAGAUGCACGAUACUUUGGCACAGGUGCAGAGCUCGCGGGUGAGUAUGCUGCUAGGGGUGGAGUCUCUGUUAAGUCGGUCGAUUCAGCAGUUUUCGGAGAAGGAGUUGCUCAAGGAGGCUGGCGAGUUGAGGAAGGAGGUGACGAGGCUGGGAGAGGAGUACGAGACGCUGCUGGGGAAGCUUCUGAGCAAGUCGAGACAGCCUGGACAGCCGGCUAGCGGUACAAAUACGCCUACGGGCGCUGGAGACUCGUUGGGUAUGCUGGGUCUGGGCAGUCCAGCGUUGCCGGCUGGGAGCCACAAUGGGGCAGGUGAGUUCGCCAUCACAGGGACACCGCCUGCCUCUGCUGCUUCAGCUGGCAGCAGCAACAAUGUGCUCAAUUCAGAUUCAAGCUCAACGGCAAAUGGAAACGAUAAGCAGCGAGCGCUGGAACGAGACGUGGUGGUUGCGCGUCGACGGUUCGAGCUGGCUCGCUUCGACCUGGUGCGCUACAUGAACCGCAUCGAUUGCAUGAAGAAGUUCGUUUUGGUGGAGUGCUUCAACUCCAUACUAUACGCGCAACUGGGCCACUUCCAUGCAUGCCACGAGCUCGUCAAGUCGGUGGAGCCAACCCUCCGCAAACGCCAAGAAAUGAUGCAGGUGUCUCGCAAGGAUUUCGAGCAGGACGAGGUGAUGUGGGCCUCACAACGGGAACUGCUUGAUAAGCGACUGUCGCAAGAUGUGGAUGCUGUGAGCCCUAACUACGCGCCUAGCGAGUCACCUGCAGCAACAGGUGCGCUGAGCGUGGAGACAACCAUGUCCACGGAGGUGUUUCCUUCCCUUGAGCUACCAGUCGAAGUUAUCUCGACGGAUACGUGGAGUAGUCGCCAGGCAGUGGCUACUUCACCUGGCGGCGUUGCCAAGCAGGGCUAUCUGUUUGUCCGCAACUCGAUGUUCCCAGCUAGGAGUUGGAAGCGGCGUUGGUUCCAGAUUCAUGCAGGCAAGCUCUUCCAGACGACAGCACGCGGUGGCACAGGGAAGCACCCUACAGAGAGCAGUCUGACCCUUGUGUGCGACCUAUUGCUGGCUCGAGUACGCGAGCUCGAAGGUUCAAGUCUACCUUUUUGCUUUGAGGUGAUCGAUGCCAACCGGGCAAAGCUGUUGCUUCAAGCUGCUAGUGCUCGGGAUAUGGUAGAGUGGAUUGAAGCCGCGCGUCGUAGCACCGAGAGUGCUUUAGAGAAGCAGAGUCACCGCCAGGAGGUGCAUCCGGAGCAGCAGUCGGUAAUUGACGAGCUUACCGAGGCGAACCCGUGCUGCGCAGACUGCGGACAGGAGCCAGCCGAGUGGGUUUCGAUCAACAUCGGGUGUCUUCUGUGCAUUGAGUGCUCGGGAAUUCAUCGCAGUCUUGGUGUACACGAGUCAAAAGUACGAUCAUUAGCGCUAGACUCCUGGGAUAUGUCGCUACUUGCGCUGCUGCGCGAUGUGCUUGGAAAUGACGCUGUGAAUGCUGUGUGGGAACACACGAUACCGGACGGCUGGACCAAACCAACUCCCGCGACACCGCGUGACGAGAAGGCUCGGUAUAUCAAGGCCAAGUAUCACUUCCACGGCUUUGCAGAGCCCGACGCAACGCUCAGUGCGUUAGAGGAUGACGACAGCGUUCUAAAGCAAGAGUUGGCCAAGCGGUUUAUUGCUGGAGCAGCCCAAGGGAGUUUGAAGGAGCUCAUGUGGUGCUUGGCGCAUGGAAUAGACGUGAAUCGCGGACGAUUGCCCUACGAUGCUGCCAAGGCUGGAGGCUUUGAGAACAUCAAGCUGACCUUAAUGCAGAAAAUGAGUCUCGAGCAGUAUCAGUCGUAG